GCCAUGUAAAGAAGUAAAAGGUGAUGUAGCAAAGUUCAGAGAACAAUGUCAUGCUCACUCCCCCUUUGUAGUCUGUUCAGAAUUUACACGUUGUGCUGUUUUUAUUCCUUAGCUGUGAAAUAAUGACUUUUUCUUCUAGCUUUCUCGCAGUCUUAUUAUGCGUGGUAUAUUCAGUUGUUGUUGGCGCACAAUCCUGCGCAAGGGUUGAUGACUGUUCCUGUAGCAUUAAUGGUAAACAAAUCAACCUUGAGUCUUUGGGCUAUCCAGACUCCCGGGCACCAAGGUUUCCUUAUGAACUAGGACCUCCAAGUGCAGGAUGGGAGUAUGCGUACAAUCCAUGUUAUCCAUUCUCAGAUGGGUCAGGUCGGUGCAACAAUGCUGUAGUUUGCCAACGUUAUCUGGGCACGACUACAGAAAUCUUUAAUGUUGGAGAUGCAACUGCAAAUUGGAUGAGCGAUACGGAGGGCAUUUACAUUGAGUAUUCUCACUCUGAUGAAGGUGGAACAAAAAGGACAUCACAUGUCUACUUAUCGUGUGAUCCUACUGCAGAUGUUCCAAGGUUGGAACGUAGAGGACAAGAUGGAUUUCAAGCCUUAUAUCUUUUUACACUGACAACAAAGUGUGCUUGCCCAGGAACAUGUGAAACAUCACCACCUCCACCUCCACCUCCAGCCUCUGGAAUAAGUCAUGGUUCGAUUCUAUGCAUCCUGUUUUCUUUAUUGGUUGUGGCCUAUUUUGUUGGUGGUGCUUUAUUCUUGAGAUUUGGACGCCAUGCUCAGGGGAAAGAAAUUAUCCCCAAUUAUGAAAUGUGGGUAGGAGUACCUGGAAAUAUUAAGGAUGGAGUUUUAUUUGUCACUAGCUGUGGAAAAAAGACGGGAUAUGAGGAGCAGCAAUAGUUGUUUGAUCCAAAGUAUCAUCAAUGCAUGCAAAGAAAGGUGUAAUGCUAAUAUUCUUCACUAAACAUUUUGUUUUUGAGUUGUAUUGAUCUGAAAUAUAUUGAAUUGUAUUUGCUCACACUUGUGUCCUCCAGUUACAAGAAACAUACCUCUUUAUUAAAGUACUCCACUAAUUUUGUUUUACAAAGCAUUUUGAUUCACUUUCAGUUCAGUGUACACCUGCACCCCUGAACAAAGAUAUUUAAAAAUUGGGAAACCGUCAACAUAGGGCUAGGUAGCUCAGUCGAUAGAACCCCGGCACGCUCAUCCAGAGGUCGUUGGUUCAAAUCCUGCAAUGGUAAAUUGUUUGCUGUUCAACCCCAAA